AUGGCAUUGAUCUCGGCCUUCCAGAGAGUCAAGUAUUCCCUUUGUAAUAAUUAUGACCUCUGUUGUGGUGUGUGUUGCAGAUUAAGUAAAGUGAGUUUGAACUGUUUGCUGUGGACUAAACAUUCCUGUCAAGCGAGAGCAAGUCAAAGUCAGCUGGAGCUAGUAAGAGAUGCCCGGGAUGAGUUCCACAAGUUCUGUCCAAAUGCUGACCUGCCACCACCUGCAUGCAGUGGAUCGGGAAACUGCAUGCAGCCGAUAACUCAGCUUGCACAACCGACAUUUUCAUCCACAGCAAUGACAUCUGCCUGUCCACUUUUUCCCACGGCGCUAACUUGUAUUGAUGGAUCUCUGACAACAUGCGAUGUGACGUUCACAACCGACUUCACGUUUUCCUCACUCCGAGAUGAUUUUACAUCAGUAUGCCAAGAUUUUCAAACAGCAAGUGCCCAACUGUCGGACUGUGUCGAAUUUGAAUCAUGUAUGAGUCAAAUCAAUUUCACAGACGUAACAGGCAGCUACACUGAUCCAACGUCAUGGUGUCGAUUACUGACAAAAGUCACCGCCUGUGUCUCGUGGAGUAUGAAACCAUGCGGCUUGGAUCUAACACAAGCACCAAAUCAUAACAUCUUUCAAAGUCUUUCAAACAAGCUGCAGUUGUGGAUGGGAAGAUGUCCAACAGUCAAAUUACCAGUCUCUCAGUGCAUGCACAUCGAUACGUGCAUUUCAAAGUUCCCACAACAGACCUCUGAUCUAUCGGUGACUGGGUUUUCUGCCGCAGUAGUCAGCCAGUAUUGCACAAAAACGAGUGAAGUGAUCACCUGCCUGGCAGACAGAAUGGUGAUGUGCGGCAUUGAGUCAACAACGAAGUACACCAUGCCGGAAGUGACUGUGCUCUACGAUCAAGCAUGUCCAGUGUUUUCCGUCACAGCAAAUAUCAAUACAUGUGAUCCGCUGAACAGGUGCCUGUCAACCAUUAAAAUGCCUGGCUCUGACUCCAUGGGAAAAUAUUUGGAUACUAACUUCUGGUGCAGCCUAGUUCGUGAUUUGACACUGUGUGUGCAGAAGACAAAAGACACUUGCAAAGUAACCUACUCUUUGACAGCCACUAUUGACAGCAUCAACAAGAAAUGUGCCCCAGAUGGGUUAGAUGCUAUAAAUGACGAUGAUAAUUCUGGGACAACAAGGCCUGUGGGCAAACCCAUUGGGGUAUCAGCAGCCGUGUUUGUGUAUGUGCUGGUGUGUGUUGUUUGGAAGUAGGGAACAAGAACGUGUUAGGAAAAUUAUGGAAUUCAAUCUGGAAUUCUGUCAAGAAACACUCACAUUCUACCAGUUGUACAAAGACGUCUUUAUUAUUAUUAUUAUUAUUAUUAAUUACUUACUUACUUACAGAUGAAUUUGCUAUAAAAUGCUUACUUACUUAUUUACUUACUUACUUACUUACUUACUUACUUACUUACAGAUGAAUUUGCUAUAAGAUGCUUACUUACUUAUUUACUUACUUACUUACUUACUUACAGAUGAAUUUGCUAUAAGAUGCAAAAGAUGUGGACAAUUAUUAUUAUUAUAUCCGUCAUUUAUUUUUAUAUAGAUAUUCCUACAAAUCUGAAUAGCUUUUGUAAUAUCUGGAGAAACAAACUAGGGUUUGGUGCUAGUUUUGAUUUAGUAACCUAUAAUCUGAGAUUGGCAAUCCUCUGGUGGUGCAAGAGGGAUGAAAUAUCCAGUUAAAGAUAUCCUCGAGAGUGGCUGUCCUCCUAUAGACAGAGAUUAUUUUAAUCAACCACUAUUUUGCCUAAUGUUAAUUCGACUCUGCACUGUGUAGAGAUAUUCGCCCUGGCCAUGAAUUUCGGUUGUGUCGUUCACAUUUGAAAUAGUUUUUGAGGAGACUACUGCCUCCCACCCACUUCACUAUCUAUGAACUAUAAUGCCAUCAACAUACUAACGUAAUAUGCAGCCCUGAAAUGUCUACAAUACAUUAAUGUCAAAGGUGGACUCAAACAUUUAUUUUGCACAUGAGAACUGAUCAAUAAAUAUAAAAUCAAUCAGCAGUAACCAAAGAAGCCAAAUAUUAUUAAUUCACAAGAGACAUUAUCCUAUAUCUAUUGUCAACCAAAACAACAUGAAAUACAAAUGAAAUCAUGAGUAAGCAACAAAUAUGCAUAAUGUUUAUGUUGUUGGGUGGUUUUUGUGGUUUUGUCUGUUUGUUUUGUUUUUGUUUUAACUACUUUUUUAUACGACGAAGGCUGGUAUUUUGAGAAAAUAAUAGCUUAUUAUGUUGUGUUUAAUCUCGGGUUGUGUUUAAUCUCACAUUUUUAUUGCGGUACAAAAUUAAAGGCGCAGACCCUAGUUUUAACACAUAAAAAAUGGACACCACGUUUAGUUAAUUUACAAACCUGUAACUCAUUUGGAUAAAGUUACAACAGAGUAAAACAAGAGUCUGUGACGUUAA